AUGAGUUUCCAAUACUUUGCCGGGCGAGCAACUUUGCGCCGACUCCACCAGACCGUGCAGCAGAAUAUAUUCCGGCGACAUCGCCUAAAUUUUCGCCAUGAAUCCACCAAAUCCAAUACAACGACAUCUCCACCAAAUGCAUCCGCUGGCGGAGGCACUGCUGGCAGUGCGGGCAAGAGCGCGGAGUUCACAGGGUCGUAUUGGGCAUGGUUUGAACCGAUCAAAGUUCCAUUUCGCACAUACAGCGCCAUGCAAAAGCGCAGUCCGCUCAUGACACAGCUGGACACAACUUUAAUCAUAUACUUCCUGGGCGACCUCUCGGCACAAUCGGUGCAGAGCAGCUUCUUCUCCGAGGCGAAGUACGAGCCCAUCCGAGCAGUGCGUGCCAUGAUCAUUGGUGGACUCAUGAGCAUCCCGGGCUACAAGUGGUUUCUCUGGCUCGGCCGCAAUUUCAAUUACCCGUCCCAUUUGCUCAGCCUGUCGGUCAAAAUCCUGAUCAGUCAGUGCAUGUUCACGCCAUUGUUCAAUUCAUACUUCUUCGGAAUGCAGAGUCUGCUCAGCGGGAGCACACUCACCGAGGCUUGGGAGCGGAUUCGAAUGACCGUACCGGUCUCGUGGAUGAACAGUUGGAAGCUGUGGCCGGCCGUCACGGCAUUCUCCUUUACAUUCAUCGCACCGCACAAUCGGAGCGUGUUCGCUGGUUGCAUAGCAAUCUUCUGGCAGACUUAUCUGAGCUGGCUCAAUCGCACUGCUGAGCUUGCAGAGCGAGAGUCCAAGAGCAUGACUGCGGCCGCAGGCGUGCCGAAGGCACUGGAACGAGCAGUAAAGAUAUGA